AUGGCAACCGGCAACGAGACGGAUCCCUCUGGGUUUGUAAGCAACCCACCAUCGACCGUGGUCAAGAUUAUCAAUACGGCAAGAGAGGAUAUGAAUGGACAGUUUGGCAUUGUCGUCCAGUUCCAACAAGACCGAGGAAGGUACUUGGUCCACGUGACAUCCACGCAACAAGUCGUCGCCAUGAAACCCGAAAAUCUCGUCAAGGCGAGUUACGUCGAACAGGCACAAGCGUACUGGCAACAAGCCUCGCGUGAUCCCCAAAUUCAGCAAGUUCUCAACCGCCUUUCCGCGUAUCUUCCUCCUGGAGUGUCGCCGAAACAGUUGGGAAUUGGACUCGCCGUGACAGUGUUGGCGCUCAUUUACGUUUUGGGAUUUUCACGAACCAUGAUGCUUUUCUCCUUUGUCAUGCUCUUUCUCAUGGUCAUUGGACAGGAUUUAUUGGCGGGAGCCGAUCCAAAAGUCAUUGUCCAAAAUGCGCCCAUGAGAUUCCAAACCAUUGUACGAGAGCAAGUCCCAGGGGGGCAGUACUUGGUCGGAAAACCCUACGAACGGUAUGCGCACAUGGGAUUGGCUGCCUUUUUAAUCGUCUUUUUUGUCAGAUCCAUGAUGCCCGUGACAGUGCCAGCGUCGGCCACAACAACCAGCCAUGUCCCUCUGCCAUCGCGAAAUCUGGUGGCCGAAAAGAAUCAAAAAAUGGCAGAAGAAUUCUACAAAUUGGGAUUUGAUGAUGCCAAAGCCGACAAGGAGUAUCGAACGUCAUUUCCCGAUUUCUCCACGACGUCAUUUGCAAUGGAUGAUACGAUGGACGAUUUGCCCGAUUACCCCAUGCCGCCCACCAAAUCACAAGGAGGUGUCAUGAGCAAAUUCUUUAGUGUCAGCAGUGCCAUGUCCAUAAUGUACGUGGGACGGACUCUCAUCGAAUUGGGAAAAGAUGCCGACGGUAGUUGGUCCAUGGCACUAUUUCAGGCCAAUCUGGCAACGUUGGAACCAUGGAAAAUGGGACUCAUGGGGCUCAGUGUGUAUCGGUUAGUGUCAUCCCUCAUGUCUUAG